AUGUCAGCCAUCAAUGAUAUGCAUAUGGCAACAUCUAAUGAUACAGUUCGAACAGAGCAACCAAAGGAUCAUGUUAUGACACCUCCACCACCAAGUUAUGCUCAAACUAUUACUCAGGCAAUACCAACUCCUUAUCAAAAUGAAAAGGGGACACAAAUAUCAUAUACUGAGAACGUAAUGGAUGGUCCUUCUCCGAUAGUAGUAAAGCCAGUAAAGAUACAGGACUAUCUCUGGUGGUCGGUUUUCAAUUUAUGUUGCUGCCUGGGUCUAUUUGGUCUUAUUGCAAUAAUUAUGUCCGUCAUAGUAAACAGAAAGUUAAGCAAAGGUGAUAUUCAUGGGGCACGAAUGGCUUCAUCACGGGCUAAAAUAGUGAAUGCAGUGGCUACUAUCGGUGGUAUUAUUAUCAUUACUAUUUACGUCUUCAUCUGUCUAAAUGUAUACCUUAGAUAAUGAUAUUUUUUUAAUAUUAUAUAAUCUAUUAUAGAGUUCUCUUUCUCUUGUAUUCUUUUAACCCUUUGAUUAUAGGGUUUUUAUUUUGAAUAAAAAGGUUUUUUCUCUUAUGAAAAAUGAUGAAAUAAACUUUAUUGUUAUAUUAAGCACUUUCAGAUAUAUAUAUAUGAUCUGUAAUCAAAUGGUUAACUAUACAAAUUUUCUCUUUGCCUAUAAACGAUGCUAAUAAAUACGGUUGCCUGAUUAUCUAAAAAGUAACAAAAUAGUAUGAAAUUUUAAUGUUUUUUCUGAUUUUAUGAAACAUGAAUGUCAUAUAUCAAUUCACCUACCUACAUGUUGAAGAACUAAAAAUACUGAUAAAGUUACAUCUAGUUUU